UUGCCCCCAUUUUUCAUUCCCCCUUCCAUUGCAGAACGAAGCUUCUAGUCCUUCUCAUUCUUUACUUUUUUUUUUUCUCUUGAAAAUAAAUUAUUUUUUUCCUCUUCGACGAACAUGGCGAAGCGUUUGAUUCCUUCAUUUAAGCGUAUUUUGGUUGAGAAAAUAAUCCCUCCUUCUAAAACCAACUCCGGAAUCUUGCUUCCUGAGAAAACCCCCAAGUUGAACUCUGGAAAAGUGGUAGCAGUGGGACCAGGAGCAUGGGACAGAAAUGGGAAAUUCAUCCCAGUUAAUCUGAAAGAAGGAGAUACAGUUCUUUUGCCUGAAUAUGGAGGCAUUGAAGUUAAGCUUGGUGAAAAAGAGUAUCACCUAUACAGAGAUGACGAUAUCUUGGGAACACUUCAUGACUGAUUUGGAACAUUGCCCUAUGAUUACUUAUAAUGUGUCGCUGCUUUUGAAGGAACAAGUGUUUGUCUCAGACUUGUGACUUUAUUACUAGUUUUAUGCAUGCAAGACUUUUUAUUGUUUGGCAUUUUGGAUAAGAAAUGUUUUCAAGGAUCGAAUUCAAUCGUGAUGGAAUAGUUUGCUAAUAUCUUCCAUCAAUCAUAUAUUUAUACUUUUCGGGUUGAUACUUAUUCUUCUAAGUUUUCCAUAGGCGUUG